AAAACCAGAAGCACAGGCCUGGGAGGUCUGCGAGGCCCUGAGCCAUACCUCUGCCUUCCCCUCGGGGACCGUGUGUCUUGAAGGAAGAAACACCAGCAGCUCGGACCUGAGCAGAACUUCAGGGAAGAUGCAGCGACUCCUGCUCUGCUUGGCCUUUCUUCUGCCCCUCAAGGCUGGGACAGAGGACAUCAUCGGAGGAGACGAGGCCAGACCCCAUUCUCGCCCCUAUAUGGCUUUGCUUCACUUUGUGGAGGAGGAGAAUGAAGGCAGGUGCGGUGGUGCCCUCGUGAGAAAGGAGUUUGUUUUGAUGGCUGCUCACUGCCGGGGAAGUUCAAUCCAUAUGACCCUGGGGGCCUACAAUAUCCGGGAGCAGGAGAGGACCCAGAAGGUCCUCCCUGUGACAGAAGCCAUCCACCACCCACACUAUAAUCCUAAGAACUUCGCCAAUGGCAUCAUGUUACUAAAGUCUUUCCUCUCUCUGCUUCCAGGGGUCUCUGGGGGCCCCUUCGUCUGUGAAAAUGUGCUCCAGGGCAUUUCCUCCUAUGGACCAGAGAGCGACACCCCUCCAGGAGUCUCCAUGGAGGCGUCACCCUACCUGCCCUGGAUGAAGAGAACAAUGAAGCGCUGCUCACAGCAGGUGUGAUGCUGACCUUUCUCUGUGCCUGACCACCUUUCCUGGGGCAGAGGCAGGAAUCCCAUGGGGCGGGCAGUGGGACUGAGGGGCCAUAAUAAAUGGAUCUCUAGCGAGUGUGA